GUCCUUUAAAAAUUACAUUUCAUUCAUAACCUCUCUAAAUAGGUUUAUUCACAAAUGUCAAACUGUGUUGUCGCGCUACCAACCUAGCAAAUCUAAACUAAUCGUGGCCGGUGUUGCUAUUUAGUAGAAGCUUCGUAUGGAAAAUAAAAUUGCUCUUCGGGAAUACGCGAACAAGUUUGGUGUGUACGUGACCCAAUUUUCCUUAUGGAGCUUCUAAUAACCCACGACUGUCGUGAAGGGAUUUUGUUGCAAGCGCAUCUCGAUCAAGUCGGCCAUUUUACUGAUAAUGUUUUCACAUCGUUACGAAAGGUUAAUCGCGUGUAUUUUAAUUAAAUUAGCGAACUAAGAACAGUAUUAUGUUAUGAAGUGUCGGGCUGCUUACCAAUAAUAACGUGGACUAUUAAUGAACGAUGGUGUAAUAGUGGAUUAAGUGUGAUGAAACUUUGUUGAUUGAUUUUCGUGUUUGUGACCAUAAAAAAGACAAUGUCGGUAGCCGGGGAUGAUGUUGGAGUGUCUUCGAGUGGGGUAUCGAUUCAGGUAUUCCGCCCAACAUGGGAGGAAUUCAAGGAUUUCAAUAAAUACGUGCAGUAUAUGGAGUCGAAGGGUGCUCACAAGGCAGGGCUUGCCAAAGUGAUCCCUCCUCCGGAGUGGGUGCCCCGGAAGUCUGGUUACAACUUGGAUGAGCUGAACGUGACGAUCCCCUCGCCAAUAUGCCAGGUAGUGACUGGCAAGCAAGGUUUGUUUCAACAGAUAAAUAUACAAAAGAAGGCUAUGACUGUAAAGCAGUUUGCAGUGAUGGCCAACUCUGCUAAGUACUGCACUCCUCGUCACUCGGGCUUCGACGACCUAGAGCGGAAAUACUGGAAGAAUGUCACUUAUGUAGCACCGAUAUACGGAGCUGAUGUCAACGGUAGCAUAACAGACCCAGAUGUUAAGGAAUGGAACAUCAAUAGUUUAGGAACUAUCCUAGAUUUUGUGAACUCAGACUACGGUAUUGAAAUUGACGGAGUCAACACCGCUUACCUGUACUUUGGUAUGUGGAAGACUACUUUUGCUUGGCAUACGGAAGACAUGGAUUUGUACUCCAUAAAUUAUCUGCACUUCGGUGACCCUAAAACUUGGUACUGCAUCCCUCCAGAACAUGGAAAACGGUUUGAACGUAUUGCAUCCGGUUUCUUCCCAACUUCAGCAAAGACUUGCCAGGCAUUUUUGAGACACAAAAUGACAUUAAUAUCUCCGCAAAUCCUAAAACAAUACUCGGUACCUGUUAACAAGAUAACUCAAGAAGCCGGUGAGAUUAUGAUUACGUUCCCUUAUGGAUAUCACGCUGGAUUCAAUCACGGAUUCAAUUGUGCUGAAUCCACAAACUUUGCUGCGCCCCGAUGGGUUGAAUACGGAAAGCGUGCUACUCAAUGUACCUGCAGUAAUGAUAUGGUUAAAAUUUCAAUGGAUACGUUUGUUAAACGGUUCCAGCCUGACCGCUAUGAACUAUGGCUGAAGGGACAGGAUAUUGGUUGCCAUCCAGAACAACCAGAAAAGAUGGUUCCAGCUCCUCAUCCUUCAGGUCAAGAUAUAUUAUGUAAUAAGAAUAAUACGGAACUGCCCGAGUCAUUUAUAGAAGCGGAAGUUGAAGGUCUUAAGAAGAAGAAACGGCAUCCUCUACAUCUUAAGAGAGCAAUGGCCAGCAAGAGUAUAUCUGAAGGAGCUAUAGCUGUAUCCAUCCUCGGUCAAGACGUAAUGGACGAUGAUGAAAUGACAAUGGCAGAAGGUGACUUAGACAUGAUGACAGCAAUGAAGAGACCAUCCAUGAUGCCAUUGCAGCCAGAUGAGACACAACUUGAUGCUCUAGAAGACAUCUGGUUGAAAGGAGAUGAGAUGGAUCCAUCAGAAGCUCAGCUUCCCGAUGUAGGAUACAUAGACUCCGACAAAGACUCUGAUUAUGAAGCACCAAAGAAUAAAAAGACUUCGAAAAUACGGAAAAAACGAAAGGACAGUUUAAAGAAAGAACCUAAAGUCAAAAAGGAGAUUAAAGAAGAAGAAACUGCAUCCAAAGAAGGAGAACAAGAGAAGGACAAAGCUGAAAAGAAGAAGACGCCGCAGAAGAGAGGUAAAAAGGUCAAAACUAAGAAGUUGUCAGAAGAACAGCUUGAGGAUAUGGCAGCUCUAGUCUCUAACUGGGAAUCACCACCUCAUGUUGAGGAGGAGAUCCCGAUCCUCAAACCAGUACCGCUAACUGACGAUCCGUUAAACACAGGACAUUCUGAAGCCAAACCUCUACCAAUAACACCAAUUACAAGUCCACCUGAUGCUAAAAAGGAAACCAAGAAAAGAAAAUCUAAAACAGACUCAGAGAAGAUUGAGAAACCCAAGAAGGAACGACUAAAGAAAGAACCCAAGCCUAAGAAUCCUGAUGCACCAGUCAAAGAGAAGAAACCCAGAAAACCUAGGACACCUAAAAAGUGUACUUACGAAUAUAGCUCCCCUGUAGAACCAAUCAUGGCCAAGCCACCUCAAUUGUGCAGGCCCGCGGUUGCCACUAUUACUAAACCAGUCAGUACCCAUGCAUCGCCAGAAGGCCCCAGACCCACAUCCUUCUUAGCAAGCACAUCAUCAUUAAAAACAGAACCAUCUCCACCGCAGAAACCAGAAAAAACUUACUCGGCAAUACUCUUAGAUGGCAGUCUAAGAGUCCCUAAAGCAGUACCACCAAUUAAUAAAAAUCCGAGCGCGUUCGAAGAUGAAUUCCACAAGUUCAUGACAAAUAAGAAACAGGCUGAGCCAAGUCCUCCACAGCCACAACGUAAACGAUCACCAAAAGUAAUGAAUAAUUCUGAUAAAGUUAUCGUUGAACCGCUCGAACCAUUGCCCGUACAAAGAGAAGAAUGGCCGAUGCCCGUAGGACAGUAUAAUGACUGCAUAUUCCUGAACACUCCUCUAGACUAUAGAACUUACCAAACGCAAGACCGUAUCCAACCAUCAAUGGAUAGAAGUCAAUGGAGGCCGGACUAUUACCAACCUAAUCCCAUGCAUAAUGUUCCACCUCCUAUGCAUGGUCAAAUGAGUAACAAUUACUACAGAAGUCCGUACCAGUCACCGUGGCAGUACGGUUAUCAGAAAGCAUGUUUGAACGUGCUGACGAAGCAGGAGGCUUCGCCCUGCGUCGAGAAGGAAGAGGUCAAGGUCGAGGUUGAACGGUUCAUUGACCUCGCCAGGCAGAUGGAGGCGUUCUUCUUGCAGAAGAGGUUCCUUCUGUCAGCGAUGCGCCCAGAGUUAUUAGUAAAAGAAGACAACAAUGAACUCAAAUGCGAGCUGCAGAGGAAAGAAGAAUUAUUAAGAAGACACUAUGAUAAGAUUAGCCAGUGGCAGAACCUCUUAGCUGAUUUGCAGGGCCACACCGUGUACAACAAGUGCUCGCAGCAGAGCUCGCAGGCGCCGCCCGUGCAGGCGCCGCCCGCCCAGCAACACGUCGUUCCGCAGAGUGUGCAGGCUCAACAGAUGGCAGCAGCGGCGGCCGCGCAACAAGCCGCGUUACAACAACAGGCCGCGUUGCAACAACAGCAGGUACCGCGCCCCCCGCACCCGCCCGCGUACCCCGCGAACGUGCAGCGGCGGUAGCUAGGGCCGAAGGAAACUUAGAUGAAGCUCAAUCCAGACUCAACCCUCUUUGAACGUGACUCAACCCCUCUGUAAACAUUCGAAUAUGACUCAACCCCGUUUUAAACGAGUCGUUAAUCUAUUCGAAAUGGAUUCAACCUCUCGGUCACUACUCAACCCCUAUCUGAAGAGUCCUAACCCUUUUUGAAUUGGUAUCAGCCCCUUGGUAAAGGCGUCCUAACCCCAUUAGAGCAUGUUCUCAACCUUGUUUCUUAAGAACUUGCCAUGGUACUAUGUCUAAACCCAACCCCUUUUAAUCGAAAUUGAACAAACUCCAUAUUAAUUUAAACAGCUGAUUGGAACACUCCUACAGUCUUCCUCACGAUGUUUUCCUUCGCCGUUUUUAGUAAGCGAUAAUUACUUUGAAAUACGCACUUGAAUUUCGAAGGAAUAGGGAUGAUGACUGGGUAUUAAAAGAAAAAAUCUCAUUAGUCCCUCAGUUAGAUAAUUGAAAAGUAUGAGA